UCGGGCGUCGCCACGACAAAACCGGAAAUGCUAAAGCCGAAAAGAGAGUAACGGGAAGAGCACCGAGCUGGAUGGAUGUAGCAGUAUGAAACCGGAAGCAGUCGCCUCCGGGCGGCCCCCGAGCUGCAGCUGAUAGAGUGAGGCUGGAUGGCGCAAUCUGACCAGGGAUCCCGUCCCCUGGUGGAGGAUUUUGUACGCUACAAGCUCUGUCAAAGAGGCCUGUGUCCAGAACCUGUAGGAGCAGCAUCAUGUGCUCUGCAUUCUGCCAUGCGUGCUGCGGGGGAUGAAUUCGAAGAGAGAUUCAGACAGGCAUUUAGUGAGAUCUCAGCACAAAUCCAUGUGACCCCUGGCACAGCAUACACUCACUUUGCAGAGGUUGCGGGAGGUCUGUUCCAUGGCGGGGUGAACUGGGGCCGUGUGGUGGCAUUUUUUGUGUUUGGAGCUGCGUUGUGUGCCGAAAGUGUGAAUAAGGAGAUGGCUGCACUCCUGCCACGGAUCCAGGACUGGAUGGUGACAUAUCUGGAAACCAACUUGAGAGACUGGAUACAGAGCAAUGGAGGCUGGGAGUUAGAAGCAAUCAAGGCACGGGUUAGGGAGAUGGAAGAGGAGGCAGAGAAACUGAAAGAGCUGCAGAAUGAGGUUGAGAAACAGAUGAACAUGAGCCCUCCUCCUGGAAAUGCUGGCCCAGUCAUCAUGUCUGUUGAAGAGAAGAUGGAGGCUGAUGCCCGGUCAAUAUACGUAGGAAAUGUAGACUAUGGUGCAACAGCAGAGGAAUUGGAGGCUCAUUUUCAUGGCUGUGGCUCUGUGAACAGGGUGACCAUUUUAUGCGACAAGUUCACAGGUCAUCCAAAGGGAUUUGCAUAUAUAGAGUUUUCAGAUAAGGAAUCUGUUAGGACAUCUAUGGCACUGGAUGAGUCUCUCUUCAGAGGGCGACAAAUCAAGGUGGUACCCAAGAGAACCAACAGACCUGGUAUCAGUUCUACAGACAGGGGCUUUCCACGGGCAAGAUAUAGGGCAAGGACCGCGUCGUACAGUUCUCGAUCACGUUUUUACAGUGGCUUCACCGCAAGACCGAGGGGACGCGUAUACAGGGGUCGUGCUCGAGUGACGUCAUGGUAUUCUCCUUACUAAAAAUAUAAUUUUAGGAAGACCUGAAAAAAGGCAAAAACUCAAAAGAAAAAAAAAAAAUGAAGACUGGAAAGAAUUUUAUGAAUGUUUCAGAUGAGGUCCCUUUGUGCUCCCCCUUCCUCCUAUGCCCUCUCCCCAUGUUUCAAAGCAUUCUAUAUAAUAUAUAGAUAGUGGGGUCUGCUAGGUAAGGUUGGAGGGGAAUUUUAAACACCCUGAUUCUCAGGGUGUUUUGGGACUGGGGUGGUGUUUGGUUUGGGUCCUUUUAACUGUACAAUUGUUGGUCAGGGGAUCCAGGCUACUCUUGAAAUGUUUCCUAUAUUAAGUGAUGUCCUUGGGUCACCGUCUACUCUCUUUGUGGGUGGGGGUGAUGUCUGAACAUCCUGCUGUUUUUUGUUUUGUGUUUUUUUUUUUUUUUUUUCGCGUUUUUAUCUUUGCAGGUUUCUUUCUAUUGGAGAAGCUUGUUUUCCGGAGAGACUCGGCUGCCCCUCACAACAGCCUUUUCAUUAAUUUUAUUCUGGCUCAGAUUCCUGUACUCUUGGAAGACACGAGCUUGGAGUUUUUUGUUUUUGUUGUAUUUGUUUUGUAUUUUAGAUUUUAUUAUAUAUAUUUUAUUUUUUUUUGUUUUUUGAGCUCAGAAUGUUUUUUUUGUUUUCUUUUGAUUUUAUUUUUUUAUUUUUUUAUAGUAUGUAAGGCAGGCAGGAAGGGGAAAUUAGAAAAAUAAAAAAAAAAAGGAAACA